UCAGUGAAAGAAAUUAUGGUCGUAGAUGGCGCCCGACUUGCAAUUUAUGUGGAUGAUGAUGGUGGAGAGAUGAUGGCGUCCGCUGCAAAAGAAAAUGUUGAAACGGAUGAAUCAGGUCAAUACUUGCCAGCAACCCAAAGGCCCGAUGGAACAUGGAGAAAGCCAAGGAGAGUAAAACCUGGAUACAUACCCCAAGAAGAAGUUCCUUUGUAUGAGAGCAAAGGCAAGCAAUGGAUGAACAGCAAACCCAGACUUCCUCCAGGAGUCUACGAAGACCCAGCACCUGCAAAGGUAGAAGAAUCUAAGGCACUCACCAAGGCCGCCAAGAAGAACGAGAAACGUCGCCAGAAACGGAAAGAGAAGCAGAACGAGGUGGGACAAGUCCAAAAUGGUGAUGUGGAACAGCUUAGGAAGGGGGUCCAGGAGGUCAGUGUGGGUGGAGGCGCGGAUUCCGCGCCGGUCGUGCAGGAUCCUCAGAAGAGGAUUAAGAACCUUAAGAAGAAAAUCAGGCAGAUUGAGGAGUUGGAAGCCAAGAUCGCCAGCGGAGAAGUAGCACAACCUUCCAAAGAGCAGCUCGAAAAGAUUGCUAGAAAAGAAGCACUUGAAGAUGAACUGGACUCUCUGGAAGAUGGGUCAUGAUGAUGAAAAUCUAAAGACUGAGAGUGAAGUUAAAUUUUGCAGAUAAAGGAAUGGAAAGAUUUUCUAUCUUCCUUGACCUACCCUAAAGAUAGAUAGCCUGG